CGGGGAGGGGGGAGCGGGAGGAGGGUGGUGUGGCGGCGGCGGGGGGGAAGCGGAGCGGAUCGCAGCGCAGGGGAGCGGAGCCGCCGGGGCACCCAGCGGAUCCCCAGCCCGCCCGCCGGGGCCCGCUCAGCCCGCCGGGAGCACCCCCCUCCUUUUGGAGGCCGGGAGGGGCCGGCGGCGCAGCCACCACCAUGUCCGGGCGCGGCCACAACAAGCUGCCGACCACCGAGCGCAUCGUCAAGGCUGUCCCGUUCCCUCCCACGCAGCGGCUCACUCUGAAGGAGGUGUUCGAGGAUGGGAAGCCGCGGCUCGACGUCCUGAAGAGCCACUUGGUGAAGGAAGGACGCCUGGAAGAGGACGCGGCGCUCAAGAUCAUCAACGAUGGGGCCGCCAUCCUUAGGCACGAGAAGACCAUGAUCGAAGUGGAGGCUCCGAUCACAGUGUGCGGUGACAUUCACGGGCAGUUCUUUGACCUGAUGAAGUUGUUUGAAGUCGGAGGAUCACCCAAUAACACCCGCUACCUCUUCCUGGGAGACUACGUGGACAGAGGCUACUUCAGUAUAGAGUGCGUGCUGUAUUUAUGGAGUUUAAAGAUAAAUCAUCCCAAAACGUUGUUCCUCCUUCGAGGGAACCACGAGUGCAGGCACCUCACAGAAUACUUCACCUUUAAGCAGGAAUGUCGAAUCAAGUAUUCGGAGCGAGUGUAUGAUGCGUGUAUGGAUACGUUUGACUGUCUUCCUCUCGCUGCACUCCUAAACCAGCAGUUUCUGUGUGUUCACGGAGGACUGUCCCCAGAAAUCACGUGUCUAGAUGACAUUAGAAAAUUAGACAGGUUUAAGGAGCCUCCAGCCUUUGGUCCGAUGUGUGACCUGCUCUGGUCCGACCCGUCAGAGGAUUAUGGCAACGAGAAAACGCUGGAGCAUUUCUCCCACAACACGGUUCGAGGCUGCUCCUAUUUCUACAGUUAUCCUGCAGUUUGCGAGUUUUUGCAGAACAAUAGUUUGUUAUCCGUAAUCCGAGCUCACGAAGCCCAGGACGCCGGGUACCGAAUGUACAGGAAGAGCCAGACAACAGGCUUUCCGUCAUUAAUCACCAUCUUCUCUGCACCUAAUUACCUAGAUGUCUAUAACAACAAGGCUGCUGUACUGAAAUAUGAAAACAACGUCAUGAACAUCAGGCAGUUCAACUGUUCCCCUCAUCCCUACUGGCUUCCAAACUUCAUGGAUGUCUUCACAUGGUCUUUGCCUUUUGUAGGGGAAAAGGUCACAGAGAUGCUCGUUAACAUCCUCAACAUAUGCUCUGACGACGAGUUGAUUUCAGAUGGUGAUGAGACAUUGGAAGAUCACUACAUUUCAAGCUAUCAGAAAGGUGGGACGACAGUCCGUAAAGAGAUCAUCAGGAAUAAGAUCAGAGCCAUUGGGAAGAUGGCACGGGUCUUCUCGGUCCUUCGGGAGGAGAGCGAGAGCGUGCUGACCCUCAAAGGCCUGACUCCCACGGGUACCCUGCCCCUGGGAGUGCUCUCGGGGGGGCGGCAGACCCUGCAGACCGCCACAGUAGAAGCGGUAGAGGCACGGGAAGCCAUCCGCGGGUUUUCUCCGCAGCACAAGAUCCGCAGCUUCGAGGAGGCGCGCGGGCUGGAUCGCAUUAACGAGCGGAUGCCGCCGCGCAAGGAUUCAAUGCACUCGGACGGGCCGGUGAACUUGGUAACCUCAACAAACUCUGCGGACAAGAACGGCACGGGGAAGAAAACCCAGUAACGCUCCGGCCGCCCGAUCUGCACCGCUAAAAGGAUCCAAAACUUAACGAAUUUUAUUUAUUUAUUAUGGGGGUGGGGGCGGGGGAGAAACCAACUUCACCUGGAGGCACGUUCAUAAUCCAGUUUGCAUCCAUUCUGUAAGAAAGGUGACCAUUUUGUAAUUUUUUUAUUUAUGUUCGAUAUAUAUAAAAGAAAACAAGUCCAUCUUUUUUUAAUUUAGAAACCAAUCUAACUGCUAGUGCAUAUAUGAAGUGUUGUGCUGUACAGCUGACCUCUCCACCUGAGGCAACAACCUCCCGGGGGGGGAUUAAAAGCAACAAACAAUACACAAAACCAGUUCCAGGCAACUUGGGUCGUUGACUUUGGUGCAAUUCUCAGUUAGCCUGUGCUUUCAAAAGCAGGUCCUUCCCUUGCAAAUAAGCGUUGGUUUGGUUUAUCUUUUCACAACUCUCUUCUUCCCAGAGUUUGAGUUCUUCUUCAGUUUCUUGCCUACCUGCGUCUGCUCCUUUAGCGACCGAUUUGUGGAAGGCGCGUUGCAACGGGCAGGGAUCCAUCCCCAUUCCAAAGUGACCCCUAAAUAUUCAGGAUUAAGCUCAAAAACACCCCUGUGCAUUAUACCGAUCGCAGCACUUUGUCCUUUGAUAAUUCAGUUUUAUUCCAGUGAAGCCCCCCCCCAAAAAAAUAAGAGUGUGGAGGCAGGAGGGAGAAGCGCUGCCCCUUGUUGCAGCUUUUCCCGAAAAUUUGGCCAUUCGGAGUCCGGAAUUUGUGCCCGUGCAGAAGAAUCCCUGUGGGAAUCGCUGUGAUUCAGAGCAGAGGAAUCAUCUCCAGGCUCUGGCGAUCCGCAGGACUUUGGGAAAUCUGCACAGCCUCCAUUUUAAAGGAAAAAGGGGCUGUGGAUGCAAAGCCCCCCCUGCGACCACCACCACGUUCCACGCCCGGGAUGCGAGAGUGCGAGCCCCGGGGGUCGCGAUAGAGAUUUGGGGAUGUUCCUGUAGAGAUGUGGUUUGUUGGCGAGGCGGUUUUGCUGUCAGACCCCUGUUUUGGGCUGCACACCUGGGUGGAAGCGCCGAGUGGAUGUGCUGGAAGCUUUGGCAGCACAGAGGGCUCCCCGAGGACGCCCUCUUGGGUGCUGAGGCUCUUAAAGCUUGGAUCUCUUAAGCAGCGCCUCGUUCUUUCCCUUAAACCUUGACCUGAAGCGCUGAAGGAGGAUUUUUGCGAUGCUCCCGUUUGCUCGCGUCCCUUCCCCGCGUGUCCUUUGAGCCGCGUUCUUUUCCACAUUGAAUCAGCCGCUUUGGGAAGCGAAUCCCUUGCCAGCUCUCGCUUCUUUUCCAACCAAACUGUUCUUUCUCCAAGCAGCAGGUGAGCUUGAGCCUCCAAUAAGGGAUAUUCACCUGGAUCUUGCUGUCUUCCCUUUGAGCUGCGAUUCCGGAGGAAAACAGCAACUUUGCAGGAAGCUUUCAAAUCAUCUUUUAAUCAUACGUCACUUGAUUUCACGCCAGGAAACCGUAUCAGUGAGCAGAACACUCGGGUUUCACAACAGUCGCAUGCCUCCACUUUGUCUUUAUUUGUUCCUUCUUUACACGCCCGCUGCUUUGCAAAAGAAAGCACGAGAUGUUGUUGAGCGAGCUUCUCGUAACCCCAUCCGAGGCGUGGGGCCGAUUGCCUUUUGUCCGUGAGUAUUUCUUCUCUCUUAUUUUGGUUUUCCCGUUUAACAGCGUCCUUUCGGGAACGCAGUGAGCCCGUGUGUGGUUUAUCUUCCUCUGAGAGCGCAAAAACCCCGUGCAAAGGUGCUGCCCGUGCAUGUUGGGGCACGUUGUUCUGACCCAGGCUGGGAUCUCGCCCAAACGCGUUUCAUCGGGAGCUUUUUGGGGGGCACAGCCCAUGCGGGGGGCUCGGGGACCGUCCCUUUGCAAAGGGGGUUUGCUUUGCUGGCGGUUUGUGUCCCCCCCCCCCCCCCCCAAUCUUGUGCUCGAGCUCCCCCCAAAACCUCUUUGGUCCUUGUUCUCCGUGGUUUUGCUGCUGGGAUGUAUGGAUUCCAUACUGCCAGGUGAAGCCGUUGCAAUGCUGGUGCUGGUUCCCCCCCUAAUCCCCUUGAUGCGACUUUGCAAGGGGGUGAGGAGCAGUGGUGGGGCCUGGGGGUGUUAAUGACCCCCUCGAUUAAUUAACACUCAUCAAUGUCACCCUCCCCAUCACCUUUUCAUCAUUUUUUGGGGAAGAAAAGGUGAUAAAACCCUUGGGCAGCGGCCGGUGAGUCCCUCGCUCACCUGGCGAAACAACUAAUGCCAGAAAUCCAGAUGUUCCCCCCUCUUUUUCCUCCUCUUCCCCCAUUUCUCCGCGCCAGCGCCCCGGAGCUGUGCCCGUCCCUGUCCCCCCGCUUUGGCAAACAGGACGGGGGGCACACGGAACCCUCCGCAACCGGCCUCGCAGCCUGGGUUUCUUUUCCUUUCUUUGCAUGUUAUAGCAAGGUGCAUGUAACCAGGAGGGGAGUCAGCGGUGGGGCGGGUGGUGGGUUGAGUUCCAAGUAUUUUAUAUAUAUAUAUAUAUAUAUAUAUAUAUAUAUAUAUUAUAUUUUAGUUCAUUUUGGCGUUGGGAGAACCUCUUGCUGCCCGUGACCAGCGUGGGGGCUUUGUCACCACCCCGGGCGCAACGCGACCCAGUGGGUGCGAUGACCGGGACACACAAGGACCCCAUUCUGGGUGCAAUCACGGUGAUUUAGGGUUCUCGAUGCUGCAGGAUCAAACGCCCAUUGCCUGGAGUGAGACCGCCUCCUUUUUUGUUCUUUUUUAUUUUUAAUUUCCUCGCUAUUUUUUUUUUAUUUAGUUAUGUUUAAAGGAGAAAAAACAAAUGGUGAAAAUGUUAUUUAUUGGCAGAAAUUAUUUAAUAUAAUUUUUUUUUUGUGAACAAGGAAUGAAUUUGUUAGAACCGUCUCAAUGUAAAUCGGAAUUCAUCUUUAAGGAGAAGCAAAAAAAAAGAGGAAAAAAAAGGAAAAAAGUGUAAAACUUGA